CCGAGGUCACGUGUGCGGACAAAAUGGCGGCCCCCAAAGCGCUCCGGAGCUGCCGGUGGCUGCUGCCCCCGGGCUGCCGAGGGUCCUCCUCGGGGGUGAGCGCCCCCCACUGGCCGCGGCGGGCGCUGCGGAGCCUGGCCGCUCGCUUCUCCGACGUCGAGAGCCUUCUGGGCUGGGGGGCCGACCUGGCGCGGUGGAACCUGCGCCGAAAGAACGCAUAUUACGGCUACACAAAGAGUCUGUACGGAGAGAACGUAGCAGCAAGUUAUUACGUCCUCAAUCAGAAAGGAGGUGUGAGGUUUCAGGGGCAGGACUCCUGGAUCAGGGCAAACUGGAGGGGCCAUUUCAGUUGGGACUUUCUCCAGUUUAAAGAU